UAAUUAUCCUCACAUCUCAAAAAUAAACAGUCCAUUGCGUUUGUGUUUAAUAUCAAAAUUUUUUCGUAACAGUGAAUCGUGCACGCUACACAUCUUCGUCGAUCGAAAAUGAGGAACUAACGUGGUCGAAUGUCGCAUUCGCACGAAACAAUCAACAAACCGACCGUGUUAAGUCGAUGGAAAUAACCUGAGUGACAUUUCUUUGUCCAGCCAAAAUUUCGCGUCGCCUGAACCCCCAACGAAUUAUUAGAAACGCAAUUUGUUUGGAGAAAUUUCUGUAAACGUAACUCAUUCGGUAGGAUGCCCAUGACAAUUUAGGACUUGCGAGGAAGGAAGAGAUGCCCAACAUGAAAAACUACCAGAGUCUAGACGACAGAGACGAGUCAAGCGGACACGUCCUAUUCCAGGCGGAGCCGAACCGUUCACGAUGGAACCACAUAAUCGACCUGGAUUCAUUCUUCGUCCGUGCGUACAAUUACCACCAGAACCACGGCUUCCUCUGUAUGUUGCUGCAGGAGAUAUUCGAGCUGAACCAGUUCGCUUUCAUCGUCGCCCUCAGUACGUAUUUAGCCCACGGUGUUAACUACGAAAAGCUUUUCCACAGAGGUGCCACGAAGACUACGAUGAGCGAGGUGAUUCUCCCCUUGGGUGAAUGCAUAGGCAACUUUCUGUUGAUCACUUGGAUUUUAAUUAUAAUCGCAAUCGCCGUGUUUGCGUUGAAGUUUAUCCGAGGUGUCUAUCAGAUUAUACAAUUCUGGGAUAUUAAACAGUUUUAUAACUUCGCCCUUGGCAUUAAAGACAAGGAGUUGGACAAUCUGACCUGGAACGAGGUCCAGGGCAGAAUAAUUAAGGCCCAGCUCGACCACCAAAUGUGUAUCCACAAAAAGGAACUGACAGAAUUAGAUAUUUACCAUAGGAUUCUUCGCCAAAAGAACUACCUCAUCGCCCUCGUAAACAAGCGUCUCCUCCCUCCACGCCUAGACAUCCCGUUCUUCGGUGAGGAGAUCUACUGGACCAAAACCCUCUGCUACAACAUCCAGUGGUUGCUGUUUUGGUCGCCCUGGUCGCCGUUCGAGAAUCUAUUUAACUUGCGCGAGGAAUACAAGAAGCAGAGUCUGCGCCAAGAGCUGGCUACCAGACUGGGACGUCACGUGCUGUAUUUGGCUCUGGUCAACCUCAUAUUCGCCCCCUUAAUAUUUUUCUGGCAGAUCCUGUACGCCUUCUUCUACUACGCCGACUUGUUCAGGCGUGACCCACAAAAAGUGGGUUUGAGGAACUGGUCGUUGUAUGGUCUGUUGUACUUGAGGCACUUCAACGAGCUUGAUCACGAGUUGGGGGAGCGUCUUGUCAAAGCUUACAAACCGGCGUGUCGCUACGUCGCCGCCUUUAGCUCGCCUCUUACCACGCUGAUAGCCAGUCACAUCGGCUUCAUCAGCGGUUCCAUGAUGGCUGUGUUCAUAGCUUUAACUGUUUACGACGAGGAUGUGCUCAGUGUAGAGCAUGUCAUCACUCUUGUUUCAGCUUUGGGAGUGAUAGUGGCAAUAUGCCGUGCGAUGCAACCAGAGGAAAACCAGUCUUACAGUCCAGAAUCGUUGUUGUCGGCUGUGGUGUUGCACACCCAUUAUCUACCACCGGAUUGGCAGGGUCAUGCACAUAGGUCAAAAAUCCGCCUCCAGUUCCAGCAGUUGUUCCAGUACAGAGUCGUCGGACUGAUCGAGGAGCUUUUGUCCCCGAUCAUUACUCCCUACGUGUUGUGGAGGUACGUGUACCCGAAGACGCUCGAUAUCAUCGACUUUUUCCGCAACUUCACGGUGACGGUGGUGGGCGUGGGCGACGUGUGCAGCUUCGCCCAGAUGGACAUCAAGAAGCACGGCCACCCCGACUGGCACCACGAAUCCUGCGUCGGCGGCACCCAAUACUCCCAAGCCGAGGACGGCAAAGUCGAGCUGUCGCUCGUCCACUUCAAAAUGACGAACCCGACGUGGGCGCCGCCCGCCGACGCGGUCGAGUUCAUGCACGACAUCGAGCAGGUGGGCGGCGUGCGCAGUCUCGAGGGGGCCAGCAUGCUGAACGUCACCUACGACUCGGAGAUAAGCGGCGUGGUGCCGCGGCAGCGCAGGCCCAACGCCUGGAGCGAGCCCGAGCCGAAAGACAAGGAGCAGGACCAGAUCAUGGGCGAGAGCAUCAUGUAUCUGUACGACCUGAACAGGAUGCUGCGCAGCCCCACGGUCGUCGAGAGUACGCCCCUGUUGCACGAAAUAUUUAAACGAUUGUUGCCGUACUCAAAGAGUUGGUGCUAUUCCAGAUACAUAUACCCGAGAACGGUGGACAUCGUGGACUUUUUCCGCUACUUUACGGUGAAGGUGAUCGGUGUGGACGACGUAUGCAGUUUCGCACACAUGGACCUGAAAAAGCACGGCGAUCCGGAUUGGCACAGAGCGUCGGGCAUCGAAACGUCCGAGUAUUUCCAUGCGGAAAACGGAAAGGUGGAAUUGUCGUUGGUGCACUUCAAAAUGACCAAUCCUCACUGGUUGGUACCGGAUCACGCACGCGAAUUUGUCACCGACAUUGAGAAGAUGAGCGGCUCCUUGAGCUUGGAGUCGAGUCGCUCGUACUCUGAGGAGACGGCCAGCAGAAAGUCGGAGGCGAGCACGACCUUCUCACAAAGAGCAGUGAACGGCAGCAUCGCAUACUUGUACACCGCCAAGAGUAGACACCAAUUUCUAGAUUGAAAUCUUUUUUUUUUAUGGGUAAUUGUGACUUAAAUUUCUGAUUAAAUACGUGUGGAACAUG